UUCUUCUCCUACUCGCGCCGUUGCCGCCACUCGUCGUGCCAUUCCGCCGCCGUCCGGCCACCGUUUGCCGGCGGACCACCACCACCCGACUCGCGCUGGGAUGACGAAGCCGACCAUUCGGUCAGAUCAUGGAUCCGUUCAGUCGCCGGAAUCUCCAACUCCGGCGGUAGGUGGCGGUCAAACGGGUUUGACCGAGUUGACUCGGUCAACUCAACCGGUCAAACCCCCGGAACUGAGUCAGCAGCUGUUUUCGACACCGAUGCCUCCAAAAAGAACGUUCGCUGAAGUCGUUGCACCCUCAAAAGCGCCGCAAACAGCUUCGCAGAAAUUUUUCUUUGCAGAUUCGCCACCGCCCUCCAUCGGUGCGGUCUUGACUGAUGAGAAGGGCCUUACACUGGUUUUUUCGGAUGCGGAGACCGAAACCCUUGCAGCUCCCUUCCGAUUGGCACUGGUUGGUAAAUUCUCUCAUGGAAAACCUCAAUUACGACACCUGCAUCGCCUUAUUGCCGGACUGGGAGUCAAAGGCGCAUUUACUGUCAGUAUGCUUAAUGCGAAGCAUGUACUUAUUUGUCUCUCCAACGAAUCCGACUUCUCCUAUCUUUGGUUGAGAAGAAUUUGGCACAUUCAAGGAUUUCCGAUGCGCAUUUUCAAAUGGACACCGUCAUUCACACCGACACAGGAAUCCUCUAUUAUUCCGGUUUGGGUACGUUUCCUGAACUCCCAACUCAUUUGUUUCAUAAGGAUGCUCUAUUUGCGGUAG